AUCUUAUGUUAUACAAUUCACAAGUUACAACUUAAGCAAGUGCAAUUCCUCAAGCCUCUGCUAUGUGUAAUCCCACUAGGGACGAUGGCUCUAGCCAAAGCGGCAUGGUGCGUAAAGAGAAAACACCAUAUUUUCAGAGAUAUUGGACGUGGGCUGAUGUAGCAAGAGCGGUAACCGUCACGGUGGUGCACUUUUUGUGUCUCCUGGCACCAUUUAACUACAAAUGGGAAGCAUUACGGUUCGGUCUGAUUCUCGUCGCAGUGACUAACCUGCUCAUUACAUUCUCGUAUCAUAGGAACUUGGCUCAUCGGAGCUUUACGCUCCCAAAAUGGCUUGAGUAUCCUAUCGCUUACGCUGCCGUUUUCGCUCUUCAGGGUGAUCCACUGGAUUGGGUGAGCAUACACAGGUUCCAUCACCAGUUCACUGACUCGGACCGCGACCCACAUAGCCCUAAGGAAGGAUUCUUGUUCAGCCAUGUCAUGUGGAUAUUUGACACCCUUUAUAUAAAAUAUAAGUGUGGUGGACGUAACAACGUGAUGGACUUGAAGCAGCAAUGGUUCUAUAGGUUCCUACGAAAGACAAUUGGCUUCCACGUCUUAAUGUUUUGGACCGUUCUCUAUCUCUACGGUGGUUUACCUUACCUUACAUGCGGAGGGGGCGUUGGAGGUGUGUUAGGGUACCACGUGACAUGGCUCGUAAACUCCGCAUGCCAUAUUUGGGGUUCGAGGUCGUGGAAGACUAAAGACACAUCUCGUAACGUUUGGUGGCUGAGCAUAUUUACGAUGGGAGAGAGCUGGCACAACAACCACCACGCGUUUGAGUCAUCGGCGAGGCAAGGAUUGGAGUGGUGGCAGAUAGAUAUCACCUGGUACCUCAUUCGACUAUUUGAGGUUCUCGGAUUAGCCACCAAUGUGAAGUUGCCUUCGGAAUUUCAAAAACAGAAACUGGCUCUCGUUCAUUGAUGUUUAUUUUAAGAUUUUGAAUUAUUCGCAUCAGGCACUAAUGAGAAGUAAUCAAUCUAAGUUAUAAGUUCUAUAGUAAAGACGACUACAACAUUUAUAUAAGACUCAAGAUUAUGGUUAUUUGUUUCUCUUUC